UUAUAGCUGGGCAGCUGAAAUGUGAGGGGUCACAAUGGGAGGAUAAAUACAAGGGCCAGAACGGCAGAGAGGUGUCGCAGACGAAGGCCGGAUCUUCUGACUACACCUCUACCCUCAGCACUCCUCCAAAACUCCAAGAGUCAGGAUGCCUCACGCAUAUCCUUUCCUUACUCCUGAGCAGAAGAAGGAGCUCAGUGACAUUGCUCAUAAGAUUGUGGCUACAGGCAAAGGAAUCCUUGCUGCAGAUGAGUCCACAGGGAGUGUGGCUAAGCGCUUCCAGAGCAUCAAUGCUGAGAACACUGAGGAGAACAGGAGGCUGUACCGCCAGCUCCUCUUCACUGCUGACGACCGCAUCGUCCCUUGCAUUGGUGGUGUCAUCCUCUUCCACGAGACCAUGUACCAGAAGGCCGACAAUGGAAAGACCUUCCCACAGUACCUGAAGGAAAGAGGUAUGGUGGUCGGCAUCAAGGUAGACAAAGGUGUCGUCCCUCUGGCCGGAACCAAUGGCGAGACAACCACCCAGGGUCUUGAUGGAUUGUAUGAGCGCUGUGCACAGUACAAAAAGGAUGGUGCUGACUUUGCCAAGUGGCGCUGUGUUCUGAAGAUCACUCCCACCACCCCCUCAAGGCUGGCUAUCAUUGAGAAUGCCAAUGUCCUGGCUCGCUAUGCCAGCAUCUGUCAGAUGCAUGGCAUUGUCCCUAUCGUUGAGCCUGAGAUCCUCCCCGAUGGUGACCAUGACCUGAAGCGCUGCCAGUACGUCACAGAGAAGGUCCUGGCUGCCGUCUACAAAGCCCUCUCUGACCACCAUGUCUACCUGGAGGGCACCCUGCUUAAACCCAACAUGGUCACACCAGGACACUCUUGCUCUCACAAGUACAGCAACCAGGAGAUUGCCAUGGCCACUGUUACUGCCCUGCGUCGCACUGUCCCACCCGCGGUCCCUGGAAUUACUUUCUUGUCUGGUGGCCAGAGUGAGGAGGAGGCUUCUGUUAACCUGAAUGCCAUGAACCAGUGCCCUCUGCAUCGGCCCUGGGCUCUGACCUUCUCAUAUGGCCGUGCUCUGCAGGCCUCUGCCCUGAAAGCCUGGGGGGGCAAGAAGGAGAACGGAAAGGCAUGCCAAGAAGAGUUCAUCAAGAGAGCUUUGGCUAACAACCUCGCCUGCCAGGGAAAGUAUGUCUCUUCUGGAAGCAGCGCUGCUGGCGGAGAGUCACUGUUUGUGGCUAAUCAUGCUUAUUAAGCUUGAACACACUUCCCACCUUCUACUCACCAUUAUUGCAUCACCAUUUAGGAUACACCCUCUGUUGAAGAGUGCCCUUAAAAUGUCGUUCACUGAUAGUCGCAACUAUAACAACUUUUGCAAUACCUUGGCCAAAAUUAAAAUAAAAA